AUGCUCAGCCCCGGCGCCGCCUUGGUGGGCUCCGGGCUCGGCAAAGACGUGGCCCUGGUCACCGACGGCAGGUUCAGUGGCGCUUCCCACGGCAUCAUGGUGGGCCACGUGACGCCCGAGGCCGCGGCUGGUGGCCCGAUAGGAUUGCUUGUGGAAGGCGACAUGGUGACAGUGCGGCCAGCCACCCGAGAACUCUCGGUGGCCGUCUCUGACGAGGAGCUGGCGAAGCGGCGAGCGGAGUGGCGGCCACCAGCAGCCAGGCCAGGGACUUUUGGUGUCCUGGCAAAGUACGCAGCGCAGGUACAUCGCGUCCAUCUCAACGAUCCGAAGCUGCAUCACCUUGACUUCGCGUGCUUCUGCAUUCCCGCAGGCCGCAUGGGACCCAAGCUGGGGAUGCUUUGGGCAGGGGCUUGGCUGUUCAUCUACCAAAUUUCAUAUGAUGGCGACGCCGAUGUCCUUUGCUCGCGGGCGGAUGACCCCGCGGAAGACCAGACAGGACGCCAGUUCACGGGACUCCUCGCGGACUCCUACCGCGUACCAUCUCCCGAGCCCGUGGGCAGAGACGUGCUGGCGCAAAGCCGCUCGCAGUCUCCGGACUCCAGAGAUGUGCGGCGGAUGCCAGUGCGCUUGGAGCCGGGAAGGCCCCCGGAGGCAGCAGCGAGAGUUUCUUUCAGUGCGCCUGAGCGCCAGCCAAUAUUGAGGUCGAGCCCUCCAGCGCCUCCAGGAAGGCCUCUGAAGCAGACUUGGUUCGAACAAGCUGAGGAGCAGCGUAUGCCCGUCCAAGACCUGCGCGGUCUGCGCCUCCAAAGCCUGGAGGCGAGAAUGGAGGCCAUGGAGCAUCAAUUGAAGCGCCUGGAGGCAAAGUGUGGCCAGGAGGGGCCGGAAGGCAAGCGACCUGCAGAGAUCAACGGCGAGGAAUGGCAGGACCUGAAGGAGAAACUCUGGGAGGAGAUGUAUUCGAAGCUUCAUAGCGAGGUGGCAGUGCAAUCCGCCCACCUGGCCAAGAAGACGGAGGAGCAGAUGGCAGCGGCUGAUAAGCAGCUGACGGAGAUACUCAGCAAGGCUCAUAGCCUGCUGAUGCAGACCGUGACCCAAGUGACGGAGCAGUGCGCUCAACUGGAGGAGCAGUGCAUAUCUAGGUUGUCACGACGCAGCAGCCAGGUCUUUCAAGAGAUCAGGCAGCUUCAGGGUCCCCUCUCGGCACGGGGCCUCCCGGGGGUGGAGGCACGUCAGCAGAUCUUCACCUGUCAGCCGCUGGAGGCGUCGCCUUUAGCAGCCCUUUCUCGGAGUUCAGGUUCGCCGAGCCGCCAAGGCCCAGGGCGUCCUCCCAAUGAAGCGCCCCCAAAGGCCUCGAGCCGAACAGUGCCCAGCGAUGCCAGGUAUUGGGAGGGCCCGCAGGUGCCUCCCAUCAUGAAUUGGGACCGUGCCCAGCGAACUCCGCGACCCGAGCCAGUGGCGAACCGGACUCUUCGGCCCGAGUCAGUUGUUAGCGUAGAUCCAAACGCAGUGGACGUGGCAAUGCUGGAGCCCGUCGCCACACCGAGUCGGCGACUGCCAGCCGGUGACAUAGGUUGGUGA